AAACAAAAAACAAAAAAAAAAAAAAAAAACAUGAGCACACCACCGCCACCGCCGCCGCCACCCCUCCCAAACGCCCUCACCCUCGACGCCGCCCUCGCCACCGCCCUCGAAACCUCCCACGGCCUCGACCUCUCGACCCCGGAAUGGUCCGCCGCCGCGCUGCGCACGCCGCACGGCCGCGCCGCCAUUCGCGCUGUGCAUGAGGCGUAUUUCCGCGCGGGGGCUGAGGUCGCGACCACGGCUACGUACCAGGUUGGGGCUGUGAGCGAGAGGGACGGAGCUGAGGACAAGAAGGAUAACGGGGGCAACAGUGAAGACGACAACGCGGCGCUAAUACGCACGGCGGUGCGGCUAGCGCACGAGGCGCGAGAGCGCGUGCUUGCGGAGCGGGCAGCGCGGGAGGAAGAGCUGGGGAAGAGGCUGUUUGUCGCGGGGUCGCUGGGGCCGUAUGGCGCGUGCUUGGCGGAUGGGAGCGAGUACACGGGGGCGUACGGGGCGCGGGUGGGGGCGGCGGAGCUGCGGGCGUUCCAUCGCGGACGGAUUGGGGCGCUGGUGGGCGCGGGCGUGGAUCUGCUGGCGCUGGAGACGGUGCCGUGUGCGGAGGAGGUGGCGGUAGUGGUUCGCUUGCUUGAGAAAGAGUUUUGUGGUGUCAGGGCUUGGGUGGGGCUGAGCGUGAGGGAGCGUGACGAGCGUGACGAGCGUGACGAGCGCAAUGAAUGCGAGCAGCAAGACGACGACGACGACGCCAUCGUCCUCGCUGAUGGCAGCCCCCUGGCCCCUCUCUCCCACCUCCUCACCCUCUCCCCCUCCAUUACCGCCUUCGGGCCCAACUGCAUCGCACCGCACCUCGUCACACGCACUCUGCGCAUCCUGCGGCGGCACCAACCGCACUCAGACGCUCGCACAACGCGCAAACCACUGCUCUGCUACCCCAACAGCGGCGAGACGUGGGAUGCCGCUGGCAAGGCGUGGCGGGGCUCACGGGGCGGCGGCGCGGUGCUUGCGGAGCGGGUGCGGGAGUGGUGGGGCGAGGGCGCGCGGUGGGUGGGGGGGUGCUGUCGGACGGGCGCGGAGGAGGUGCGGGUUGUGGGGCGUGUUUUGGGGGAGUUGGGGAGGGGGGAGGGGGGAGGGGAGGGUGUAUAAAUGAAGACGCUUGCCGAAGAAAAGGCUCCACGACGGUUACUGGUUCCAUGUCCUAUUCUCUCCGUGCCGGGUCGGAUGAAGGACAUCUUAGAGGGUGUUUCAACGAGCACGUCUUUUGGAGCUCCCGGCCAGCAAAUGGAUGAGGUCAUGGGCGGCCUACAUGUGAAUGAGUACCGCGCGGCAGAGAUGAUGACGAGUAUCGACAUUAGGCGCUUCCAUCCCGUUGUGACGCUUAUCUGACUUUCGAAGUCCGUCCCGGGUUCGUCCGAUUCUCCGUACCAGCACCCGCUGCGGCCUGACGGUACUGUGUCCAUCCACCUCAUCACACGGCUUCUCAUUUUGGAGGAGUCGUCUCCACCAUCUCAGGUACCGG